AUGGACGUCGGAGCGCUGGAGUUAAGUUGUGCUGUUUUGUCGCUAGAUGAAGAAGACGCCGGAGGUCUGGAUGCACCUAUUACUGAUCAAGCUAGUGGGAGUGUUAUAUAUUUUGAACUGGUAGGUCGUUUUCUCACACAGCGGGCUAUAAAGUUUGAGCACAUGCAACAAGUUAUGGCAUCAGUUUGGCAACCUGUUAUGGGUGUCCGGAUUGUGUCUCUUGAAGACAAUCUUUUUGUGUUUCAAUUCCCCCAUAGACGUGAUAUGCAGAGAGUCAUUGACGAAGGACCGUGGUCUUUCGAGAAUAACACGUUGUUUUGCAAACUUGUUCCUCCUAGUGUGAGACCUGAAGCAGUUGUCCUGGAUUCCAUUGAUUAUUGGGUCCAGAUUCACGAUCUGCCUACUAUGUUCACUAGUGCGGAGUUCAUCGAGCAGAUCGGGAAUUAUGUGGGUGUUUUCAAAUUUGCUGAUCCAAAUAAUUUUGGUGGAACGUGGAGAAGCUUUAUUCGCGUAAGGGUUUCUCUGCAUUUGUCUGAGCCUUUAAAGCGUAGAAUGAAAUUACGCAUGCGUGAUGGUACCUUCCAGUGGAUCUUGUUUAAGUAUGAACGACUGACAACUUUUUGCUUUUGUUGCGGAUUGAUUGGGCAUUCUGAACGUUUCUGUCGAAAGGUUUAUGAGCAAGGAAUUGAGCCUAAGGAUUACCCGUAUGGAGCAUGGCUGCGGGCAGGAGUUCGUCGGCCUCCUAAGCCGGUUGGGGCUAAGUGGCUUCUUGCGGAUUUGCCGAAUACGCCUUCAUGUGUGCCAUCCACCCCUGCGAUUCCCUCUAGUCAGUCUGGUCAGGUUGAGGAAGGGGUUCUGUUGCAUGGUGAUCUUAAACGCAGGAGAGAGGGUGACUGCGAAGAAGCUCAGUCGGUUGCUAAUGAUGUGAGAAUGGAAGACAUUUCAAAAAACUUGGUUUUGGCGGGUCCGGUGGUCCAGACCCGCCCAUCCAUAUGA